AGCCUGCAUCAUUUCUUUCUUUGCCUUGUCUACAAGGGUACUUCACAAACAGUAGAGUUCAUUCAAAUUUGAAAACCCAAUACAUAACUUAUUCACCACGCCUCUUCUGUAGGCGGGUUAGUAGAGUAGUGGUUUCACUUGGCAUCCACAUGCCAAUCAUUUCCUUUCCUCCAUACGAUUCGCUCUGUAGUAUGUUUCCAAACGCGCGGAAGUUGUCAGUUGAAAGGGACGUUAACUAUGAAGAUCGUUUAUUUUAGUUAGAUGCCAGCUAUAUUUUGGACAUUAAAUGUAUUUGAUGUACAAUGGAUGUAGUAGAACAACAACUUACAAGGAUGACUCGUACAGUCCAAGUUCAAGUUUUUGACAGCUAAGCCAGUUAGCCAUCUUUUAGCUGACUGGCUAACAGCUUUUAAUGGCUUGUUUUUGCUUUGAUAAUGCAAUACUGUAGCUAGAGUUGAAGUUCUUGGAUCAGUGUUGGAUAGCAAGCGCUAGUGUGUUAAAUAGUAAACAAUAGCUUACAGUGUCGUCCAGAGUUUCCCAAUCGAUUACAUUAGCUAUAAGCACAUGCAUGCAUUGCAGCUCUUGUUGUGUUUAUCUUGCCAGUGUGCUAGCUAGCUAAAGUUAGCACAUUGUUGAACUUUACUGUGGGAGAGCCUGAAGUUAGCCAGCGGAAAUCUGCUACUACGCCUUUUACGGCUGGCUAGAUUUUUACAUUUGUAGUACAAGUCAUUUCUGGAUGUUUUGCUGAACAACUGGAUAACUAACACCUACAGCAAGCACCAUGUUGGGGGAGUUCGGUAUGAAAGAACGGGACAAGCAGGUGCUGAAGAAACGUUCCGUUGCACUCUGCAAAGAGAUGGUUGUGGACGAGUUGCUAAUCCAGUAUCUUCAGGCAGAAAGCAUUCUGACUGACAGCAUGGCAGAAAGUAUUUUGGUAAAGGAGACGUCUCACAAGCGCAGCUGGCAUUUGCUGACACUCCUUCCCAAGCGAGGGCCCAAAGCAUUCAGCAGUUUCUGCACGGCUCUCAGGGAAACAGAACAGGAUCACCUGUAUGAGCUGCUCAUAAGCUGCCCAGAUAAAGAGAGGUGUGUGGAUCCUCGCUUCCCUCUUCCUGUUCAGGAGUGCCCAGUGCCUGCCAAGAGGGCCAGACUUAACGAGUCCAUAGAGAUGUGUCUGGAUACUGACUGCCCUGUUACCACAGCCGUGCAGCCAUGCACGCCCGAGUUCUAUGACUCUCACUGCCAACAGGCGUACAGGAUGCAGUCGUCGCCCAGAGGGUUGGUCCUGGUGCUUAGCAACGUGGAUUUUGAGGCUUCUGAGUUUGAGAUGCGGCGGGGAGGAGAGGUGGACGAGGACGUGCUGAAAAGACUCUUCGUGGAGCUCAACUUCAUCGUCGUCCUCCGCAAAAACCUUACUGCGCAGGACAUGCGUGAGUGUAUAGAGAAGUUUACCCAACGUACGGAGCACCGUGAGAUGGACUGCUGUGCUGUGUGUCUGCUGUCCCAUGGGAAGGAGGGGGGGGUCUACGGGACGGACGGAGAGCUGCUGGAGCUGGACUGGGUGUUUGAGGCUUUUGAUAAUGCCCGCUGCCCUCAGCUGCAAAACAAACCAAAGAUGUUUUUCAUCCAAGCUUGCAGAGGAGUACUUCCUGUUUCAGAGGAGAUGGACAACGGCGUGGACCAGUUAGACGGCUCGGAGCGAACACAGUCGCCAGGCUGUGAGCAGAGGGAUGCUGGGAGGGACGAAGAGAGCGAGCGACAGAACAGAGAGAGGGAGGAGAGGGAAAGAGAGAGGCUGCGAGUCAAACUACCCCAACGCUCUGACAUGAUCUGCGGUUUUGCCUCUCUCAAAGGUUGGGGCACGGCAGCCAUGAGGAACACGAAGAAAGGCUCCUGGUACAUUCAGGAGCUCAACAACGCAGUCAGGCAGAGAGCCAGGGACACACACCUGUCUGACAUCCUGGUGCAGGUUAACGGGCGUAUAAAGGAGAGAGAAGGUUAUGCUCCAGGCUCAGCUCAUCAUCGCUGUAAAGAGAUGUCAGAGUUCAACAGCUCCCUUUGCAAAGACCUGUUCCUCUUCCCCAAGUACUACCCACCCAACUGAACUCUGUCUCACCGCGCGCACACACACACACACACACACACACACACACACACACACACACACAAUACCAGCAAAACCACUCUCUCACUCUUUGCUCUCUCUCUCACACACACACACACACACCACAUUCCAGACUGAAUUGGCUUUCACGCACAUUCCUCAUGCACAGGCUAUUCAUAAAGGUUUUCCAUCUAGACAUUCCCCGAUACACUCAUGCAGACCAACAGAAGUUUCAUUCAUGAAGGCUUUUUGCUGUGCCAAAAUUCUCAAAUACACACACACACACACACACACACAUUUGUUUACUCACAUUUGAGAGAGUAACCAAGGCACUUACUCAAACACAGCAAUGCCGUUUAGAGCAAAGGAACUUGUCUUUUUUAAUGCAGCUUGCAAAGAAUAUGGAUACAGUGAAGUGUUCAAAACUUUUCCCAUUUUCAUGUAUCGUCAUUCUUUUCACACCAGUAAGAACAUGAUACCAAUGAGUGGUUGGAAAUGAUUUUCUAGAUUUUUUAAAAGUAAUUUUACACCGUUGUUUUUAAUGUAUUUUAAAAAUGUUUUUGUUAUUAUGUGUUUUACAUAUGGUGCGCUCUUUUGUACAUUCGUUGUCUGUGUCUUCCACUGCCAGUUUAGCUGUAAAGGCCUCAAAGUUAAACUGAGGCUGUUUGAGCGGUUAACAGAACUACCACACACUUUCUCUCUCUUUCUCUCUCCCUCAAUCUCUCUCUCUCUCUCUAUCUAUCUAUCUAUCUAUCUAUCUAUCUAUAUUUCUCUUUUCUUUCCAGACUCCUCAUACAUUUGCUGUACUGCCAUAGAUACACACACAUUCACUCCAGUCUGACCAACUUGCCUUUAUCCAAAACAAAUGUUUGGAUAUGAAUAUUUGUGCUCUGCUCUGGUUAAGCUUACAGAUCCAGCUGCACAGAUAUGGAAACUGUAUUACAAACGAAAGACACUUUUAAUGGACCGAAGAAUAGAAUCAUAUAUAAUUCCAAAUAUUCAGAAAAAAAUUCUCAGUAUGUUUGUAAAUAAGAUUUUAUAUGGACUGAUUAUUGGAAUGCAGGAUCCUGCUGCCAGUGUAGGCAAUAAUGUACUACCCCAGUAUUCUCAAAUGUCUACAUUUAAAUUCCUUCAUCAUUAUCUUUUAAUUUUUCAGUUUUUCACAUGACUAAUGAUCUCUGCGCUCUUUGGUUCUGUGGUCAGUUUAUUUUUGCAUUUUAUAGUUUUAUCGGUCCCAUCUUGUUCAUCUUGUCUGCAACCGAAUAGGCAUUUUUUUUUCUUCAAAUGAAAUAUGCAACAUGAAUUUGGUGCUUUAAGUUUAGUUCUGAUUUUGUUUUUAACGGCACCUUGUGCGUGUGCCUGUGUUUAUGCUCAUUCCAUAUGUGAAAGUAAAAAGCUCUUACCCACACAGAG